AAGUUACAAAAAUGGCAAGAACCAAACAAACCGCUCGUAAGUCCACCGGAGGAAAAGCUCCCAGGAAGCAGCUCGCCACCAAGGCUGCCCGCAAGAGCGCGCCGGCCACCGGCGGCGUGAAGAAGCCUCACCGCUACAGGCCCGGUACCGUGGCGCUGCGGGAGAUCCGCCGCUACCAGAAGUCCACCGAGCUGCUGAUCCGCAAGCUGCCCUUCCAGCGCCUGGUGCGAGAGAUCGCCCAGGACUUCAAGACCGACCUGCGCUUCCAGAGCUCCGCCGUCAUGGCUCUGCAGGAGGCCAGCGAGGCUUACCUGGUCGGCCUGUUCGAGGACACCAACCUGUGCGCCAUCCACGCCAAGAGGGUCACCAUCAUGCCCAAAGACAUCCAGCUGGCCCGCCGCAUCCGAGGGGAGAGAGCUUAGAGUCUCCCGGCUCCUGAUAUUUACACAACGGUUCUUUUAAGAGCCACCUCACUGUUCACUGAAGAUCACAUGUUCCUCUAAACAGACAAGUCACGUGUUUAUCUUACUGCAUAAAUAUAUGAAUUUGAAAGAGCGAUUUUAUCGUUAUU